AUGUCGACAUCGUCGCCGUCAACGACCCCUUCAUUGAGCCACACUACGCCCACACACGGCCAGUUCAAGGGUGACAUCAAGGUCGAUGGCAACAAUCUGACCGUCAACGGAAAGACCAUCCGUUUCCACAUGGAAAAGGACCCCGCCAACAUCCCAUGGAGCGAGACUGGCGCAUACUACGUCGUCGAGUCCACCGGUGUCUUCACCACCACCGAAAAGGCCAAGGCUCACUUGAAGGGAGGAGCCAAGAAGGUUGUCAUCUCGGCACCAUCUGCUGAUGCUCCCAUGUUCGUCAUGGGUGUAAACAACGAGUCCUACAAGUCGGACAUUGAGGUGCUCUCCAACGCUUCGUGCACAACCAACUGUCUGGCUCCCCUCGCCAAGGUGGUCCACGACAAGUUCACCAUCAUUGAGGGUCUCAUGACCACCAUUCACUCCUACACUGCCACCCAAAAGGUGGUUGACGGUCCCUCCGCCAAGGACUGGCGUGGUGGCCGUACCGCUGCUCAGAACAUCAUUCCCAGCAGCACCGGUGCCGCGAAGGCUGUCGGCAAGGUCAUCCCCGAGCUCAACGGCAAGCUUACCGGAAUGUCCAUGCGUGUCCCCACUGCCAACGUCUCCGUUGUCGACUUGACUGUCCGCAUCGAGAAGGGCGCUUCUUACGACGAGAUCAAGCAGGCCAUCAAGGAGGCUGCCGACGGCCCACUCAACGGCAUCCUCGGAUACACCGAGGACGACAUCGUCUCCUCCGACUUGAACGGUGACAACCGUUCUUCCAUCUUCGAUGCUAAAGCUGGUAUCUCCCUCAACAAGAACUUCGUCAAGCUCGUCUCCUGGUAUGACAACGAGUGGGGUUACUCCCGCCGUGUGCUCGACCUCUUGGUCUACAUUGCCAAGGUCGACGGUAACGCAUAG